AGGAUCAAUCCUUCAUGUGGGUCGCAGCCGAUCCAGCCAAUCCGCAAGCAGUGGGGGCACUGCUUCAUCACCUCUGUCGCAUCCGCAAGUCCAGAUUCCGUUCCAAGGCUGGCCAGGACACAGCAGAGCGUGAGAUGCAGGCCGUGCAGGCAUCUGUGAUAGGCUCGACCUUCAGUAGCCACUUGGAAGAUGAGUUCCUGACAGUGCAGGAAGAAGUUGAACUCCUGAGAAGAGCAGAUGAUUGCACCCGACGAGUUCCCGCAUCUUGCCGACAGCAGCCUCCCCCUCCCUCAGACUUUGUCCUUGAAAGUGGUGUUCGUGUGGGCAAGGUCUUCUGGUUUGGACGGCACCGCAAGUGGGGCUGGGGCAACCCACUGGGCAAACUCCAUCGGCAAGGCUUACAGCUCUUCAGUGCCAGCGGUUGGCAGGUUGUCAAGGAGGAUGCUGACGGUGUGCUGCCAGGCUUUUGCUGGCCGACUAGACAAGCAAGUCAUUUCCCCGCUCACGCAUCUUCAAGCAACUUGCCCCUGAUUCGGCCAUUUCCGCAGGAGUUCACGCGCAAGCUAGACGACAAGGCCAGUCUGGCGAGACAUCUCAAUGACGCAGGUUGCAGCAACAUCCAUCCUGAAACCUGGAGAGCAGUGGAUUUUCUUGAGAACACACCGCCCAAGUGCGGCAAGUGCGGCGAAGAAGUCUUUUUCCUCAAGCACAGUUUGGGAGUGAAGGGAAAUGGGGUGCAUGUUUUUGACCGUGAUGGUCUACUUCAUCGGUUGGGCGAACUCGGGUGGAAAGGCUGUGAGCCUUUUGUUGUACAACGCUGUGUUGCUCCGCCAUCGCUGCGAAAUGGUCGGAAGUGGGUGAUGCGAGCGCAUGCUUUAUUGCAUGGACAAACGGACGGGCGCAUCCAACUGUACUUGCACAAGAAUGCAAUUUGCUUAGAAUACGGCCAGAUCUACACAGAGCGCCUUGACAUCAAGGCAGCUCAUGUCAGCAACAGUGCCAAAAUCAAGUUGUUGCCAAAGCCGGAAGUGAUACAAGACGAAUCCAUCAUGCAGCAGCUUUGCAGGCUGACGCAGCUAGCUUUUUCAGCUGUCAUUGAUCAUGCGCCACGCGGGCCCUUUACCCCAAAAGAAGCUGAACUCUGUCAAGUAUUUGGUCUGGACGCGAUUCUUGAUGCAGAAGGAAAGGUUUGGCUUCUUGAAGUUAACGACUAUCCUGCGAUCGCGUCAGGAACCAUGGAACAUGUUGAGAGCCAUGUGUACACCAACCUGGUUCGGGACUUGCUGCGUUUGGUGGUGCUUCCCAAAGUGGAUGGCACGGAUGCAGUGUUAGGAGGUUGGCAGCGUUUGGAAUGUGAUCAUCUGGAAAACGUAGAAGCAAAACAGUGA